CACACUUUUUCGGGGUUUUUGAGUCCAUUUUUCUGGGUUUUAGCAAUUUGGGUAUCCUUUUUCUCUCGAUUUUGCAAGUGGGAUUUAGUUAUUAUCGAUCUUUGUAGUUGAUAAUAUAUCCCUAAUCUAUUCAAAUUGUUCUCAAAAGUGAAAAAGAUUGAAACUUGUUGAGUUGUGAACAAUUUUCAGUUGAAUGGCUCGAUUGGUUUUACCAUGCCAAGGCCCUACUUUAUCGAAGACCAAUAUUUUGGGAUUGGUUUCAUCUUUUCCAGCGUUGUGUCGAGUUACUUAUCUUCAGCGCCCAAUUAGGAGCCUUACAACAUAUAGGAAGUUUCUUAAUUUAGAGACUAGCUUGCGAAGGAACCAUCGUUUUCCAUAUCCUCGCCUCUAUAGCAGUCAGCAAGUCAAUAGAAGGCUUGUCUGUUCAGUUGCAACUGACUCAUCCGCAAAGCAAGCUGAGUUGAAUAUGGAGGCUCCAAAAGAAAUUUUCCUGAAAGACUACAAGAAGCCUGAUUACUAUUUUGAGACUGUGGAUUUGAAAUUUUUGUUGGAUGAAGAUAAGACCCUUGUUUUCUCAACAAUAACCGUCUUCCCUGCAGAUGAAGCCUCCGCCUCUUCUCCUCUAGUCUUGGAUGGUCGGGAUCUGAAGCUCACCUCGGUCAAGGUGAAUGGGAAGGAGCUAAAAGAGGGAGAGUUUUCUGUGGACUCACGUCAUCUAACACUUCCAUCACUGCCAAGUGGUAAAUUCACAUUAGAAAUUGUUACUGAGAUAUACCCCCAAGACAACACAUCAUUAGAGGGUCUAUAUAAAUCUUCUGGAAAUUUCUGUACACAGUGUGAAGCAGAGGGUUUUCGUAAAAUAACUUUCUUUCAGGAUCGUCCUGAUAUUAUGGCAAUAUACACAGUCCGCAUUGAAGCUGAUAAAACAAAGUAUCCAGUUUUGCUGUCCAAUGGAAAUCUCAUAGGUCAAGGGGAGAUUGAGGGUGGCAAGCAUUUUGUCGUUUGGGAGGAUCCAUUCAAGAAGCCAUCAUAUUUGUUUGCUUUGGUUGCUGGACAGCUACAGAGCAGAGAUGACACAUUUGUUACUCGUUCCGGCCGUAAUGUUACUCUGAGGAUCUGGACUCCCUCCCAGGAUUUGCCAAAAACGGCACAUGCCAUGUAUUCUCUUCAGGCAGCCAUGAAGUGGGAUGAGGACGUUUUUGGCUUGGAAUAUGACCUUGAUCUGUUUAAUAUAGUUGCUGUUCCAGACUUCAAUAUGGGAGCCAUGGAGAACAAGAGUUUAAACAUCUUCAAUUCUAAGCUUGUUUUGGCAUCUCCAGAAACUGCUACAGAUGCAGAUUAUGCUGCAAUUUUAGGUGUAAUUGGUCAUGAGUACUUCCAUAACUGGACUGGUAAUAGAGUAACAUGCCGGGACUGGUUUCAGCUCAGUCUGAAGGAAGGACUAACUGUCUUCCGCGAUCAGGAAUUUUCAUCUGACAUGGGAAGCCGCCCUGUGAAACGAAUUGCUGAUGUCUCAAGGCUUCGGAAUUAUCAAUAUCCUCAGGAUGCAGGUCCUAUGGCUCAUCCUGUGCGACCACAUUCCUACAUAAAGAUGGACAACUUCUACACAGUUACGGUGUAUGAAAAGGGAGCGGAAGUAGUCAGGAUGUAUAAAACGUUGCUGGGGAGCCAAGGGUUCCGCAAGGGUAUGGAUUUAUACUUUAAGAGGCAUGAUGGACAAGCUGUAACUUGUGAAGAUUUCUUCGCUGCCAUGAGGGAUGCAAAUAAUGCAGAUUUUGCAAAUUUCUUACUUUGGUACUCGCAAGCUGGGACACCUAUUGUAAAGGUCACUUCAUCUUAUGAUGCUGAGAAGCACACAUUUGCAUUGAAAUUCAGCCAAGAAGUAUCACCAACUCCUGGUCAGCAAGUCAAAGAGCCCAUGUUCAUUCCAGUUGCAAUAGGUUUGCUGGAUUCUCAUGGCAAGGACAUUCCCUUGUCAUCUGUUUAUCAUGAUGGCAAAUUGGAGUCUCUGGCUAGUGGUGGUCAGCCGGUCCACACAACUGUUCUUCGAGUAACAAAGAAAGAAGAAGAAUUUGUGUUUUCUGAUGUACCUGUGAAGCCAGUUCCAUCUUUGUUACGGGGCUUCAGUGCACCUAUUCGUCUAGAAUCUGAUCUUUCUGACAGUGAUCUCUUUUUCCUCCUUGCCCAUGAUUCUGAUGAAUUCAACCGUUGGGAGGCUGGGCAGAUUCUGGGAAGGAAGUUGAUGCUCAGCUUAGUUGCAGACUUCCAACAAAACAAGCCUCUACAACUGAACGCACAAUUUGUUGAUGGGCUUAAGAGCACUCUCUGCAACAAUAGUUUGGAUAAAGAAUUUAUCGCAAAAGCUAUAACUCUCCCUGGUGAGGGGGAGAUCAUGGAUAUGAUGGAUGUUGCGGAUCCUGAUGCUGUUCAUGCAGUCCGUACCUUCAUUAAAAAGGAGCUGGCUUUGCAGCUGAAAGCUGAUUUCCUGCGCAUAGUCCAAGAAAACAAGAGCUCUGAGCCAUAUGAAUUUAACCAUCCUAACAUGGCAAGAAGGGCACUCAAAAAUAUUUCACUUGCAUAUCUUGCAUCACUUGAUGACCUGGAAUGCACUGAGCUCUCACUGAAUGAAUAUAGAACGGCAACAAACCUUACGGAUCAAUUUGCAGCUCUAGCAGCAAUCACUCAGAUCCCUGGCAAUACCGCUGAUGAAGUUCUAGCCGACUUCUAUAAAAAGUGGGAGCAUGACUUUUUGGUUGUCAACAAAUGGUUUGCACUUCAAGCAAUGUCUGAUACUCCUGGCAAUGUUGAAAAUGUCAAGAAGCUACUCGACCACCCAGCAUUUGACCUUCGCAAUCCAAACAAGGUCUACUCUUUGAUAGGUGGAUUUUGUGGUUCCCCUGUGAACUUCCAUGCAAAAGAUGGAUCAGGAUACAAAUUUUUGGGAGAGAUGGUGGUUCAGCUAGACAAAAUAAACCCUCAGGUGGCUUCAAGGAUGGUGUCGGCUUUCUCUCGAUGGAGGCGUUAUGAUGAGACCCGUCAAACCCUUGCUAAGGCACAACUGGAGAUGAUUAUGUCUGCUAAUGGACUGUCGGAAAAUGUUUUUGAGAUUGCUUCCAAGAGUUUGGCAGCUUAAAACUGGUCUCAAGCAGAUUAUUGAUGUUUUUUUUUAAUAUCAAAAGUGGACUAGUUAGAUAUAUUAGUUGCUGUGCUUGCUGACAAUAUAUUUGGAAAAUAAAAGCUUGUGGUUAUGUUUUGCAAUUUGGAGAAGUUGCUAAUUCAAAAUAAGUUUUGUUUUC